UCAGGGUAGGACGCGUAGUAUCCUACCAACACAGCGACUGAUCGCUGUGUAUGCUGACACGCCUUUGCCUGCUUGGUUCCAAGAGGUUUUUAGGGGCCUACCCUUCCACAGCCCCUUUUCAUUGUCUAGGUUUCGCCUUCAACAACAGCUUUGAGCUUAAGAGCUUUCGUUGCAUAGGCCUGCCUGUUACCCUUACGGAGCUACAGCAACGUUACACGAUGGCCAGCACGGAAGAGACCGUUCCGGCGGCGGAGCCCACGCCAGCUGCGGAGCCAGCUGCGGAGCCCACCCCUGCUGCUGAUGCCGCCCCCGCGGCCGGGGCUCCCAAGGAGAAGAAGGAGAAGGCUCCCAAGGAGAAGAAGGAGAAGCCUAAGAAGGAGCCCAAGCAAGAGCAGGGAGAUGGCAAGAAGGCAGCGGCCGGCGGCGGUGACGCUAAGGGGCUCGGCCUUAAAAACAGCAAGAAGGACAACUUUGGCGAGUGGUACAGUGAGCUGGUGGUGGCUUCGGAGCUGAUCAGCUACUAUGAGGUGUCGGGUUGCUACAUCCUGCGGCCGUGGGCCUACGCCAUGUGGGAGAUGGUGCAAGGCUGGUUUGACAAGCGCAUCAAGCAGCUGGGCGUGCAGAAUUCGUACUUCCCUCUGUUCAUCACGGAGGACGUGCUCAACAAGGAGAAGGACCACGUCGAGGGCUUUGCUCCCGAGGUGGCCUGGGUGACCAAGUGCGGCAACAGCACUAUGGAGAAGCCCAUUGCCAUCCGGCCCACUAGCGAGACGGUGAUGUACCCGUACUUUGCUCAAUGGAUCCGCAGCCACCGCGACCUGCCCCUGCGCCUCAACCAGUGGACGAACGUGGUGCGCUGGGAGUUCAAGUACCCGACGCCCUUCAUCCGCAGCCGCGAGUUCCUCUGGCAGGAGGGGCAUACCGCCUUCGCCACCCAGGAGGAGGCAGCGCGCGAGGUGCUGGACAUCCUGGAGCUGUACAGGGGAGUGUACGAGGACAUGCUGGCGGUGCCGGUGACCAAGGGCAAGAAGUCCAAGAAGGAGCAGUUCGCUGGCGCCUUCUACACCACCACUGUGGAGGCCUACAUCCCCGAAACUGGACGCGGCAUCCAGGGCGCCACUAGUCACUGCCUGGGCCAGAACUUCUCCAAGAUGUUCGGCAUCCAGUUCGAGGAUGAUGACCGCCAGAAGCAGUACGUGUGGCAGAACAGCUGGGGCCUUACCACCCGUUCGUUAGGUGUCAUGAUCAUGACGCAUGCGGAUGACAAGGGCCUGGUGUUGCCGCCCCGCGUGGCGCCCAAGCAGGUAGUCAUCAUCCCCAUUCCCAAGGCCUCGACAACGCCGGAGACGGUGCAGGCCAUGAUGGAGAAGGUUACGGAGCUGGCGGAGGCCCUGGAGAAGGCUGGCGUGCGUGUGGUAACGGACACGCGCGUCAAUUACACCCCUGGCUGGAAGUACAACCACUGGGAGCUCAAGGGCCUGCCGCUGCGCAUGGAGCUGGGGCCUAAGGACAUGGAGAACAGCGUGGUGGUGCUGGCGCGCCGCGACACGGGUGCCAAGGAGGCAGUGCCGUGGACUGACGUUGCCGCCCGCGUGCCGGCGCUUCUGGAGACGAUCCAGGCCGACAUGUUUGCCGCGGCCAAGGCGCGCACCGCCAACUGCACUGAGGUGUGCCACAGCUUUGAGGAGUUCAUGACAGCGCUCAACAACAAGCACAUGGCGCUGACGCCCUGGGCUGACGAGGAGGAGAUUGAGGAGGAGGUGAAGAAGAAGAGCACCACGCCGGACGCGAUGGGCGCCAAGACCCUGUGCCUGCCAUUCGAGGCGCCCCCGCUGCCGGAGGGCACCAAGUGCUUCUACAGCGGCAAGCCCGCCAAGAACUGGGCAUUGUGGGGCCGCAGCUACUGAGCGAGCGAAUGUGCGAGCGAGCAAGCGCGAUCGUGUUUUCCUUGGUCGGCUGUCAGCUGCGCAAGCUCUGGGGCCUGGAGUUGGUCCAUGGCAUGGUAGGGCAACGUGACGUGCACUGGUGAACGCUUUCGACUGUAGACUUGACAGCCCCUAAACGAUUGGGGACUUGUGCUGCUGGGCGGCUACGUUGUGAGCUAUAAGAGGUGACAAGGCCCUACUAGUGGAGAGCCUUUGAGCUGAUUGGGUUCUGGUGCGGAUGGGGUCGCAAUUAUCAGCUGGUACGAAGUGGUCACCUGCAUGUCACUGAAGAAGGGGCAGCGAAUCAACGCUUGGACUAGGUGGUUGCUGUUGGAGGGAUUAUAUGGGUGUUUUACUCGUGACCUUUGAGCGCGCGCGCGCGCGGUACCUUCAAUGCGACUGCUAUGAGCCGCACGUUUUGUAAUCAAAAAACGUAC